AUGUCAACGCUCACCCGGUGUUUUGUUUAUUUUGCGCUUCUGGCGAUUGUAAUUGUUGCUGUUGAAGCCAGCACCUUAGGCGACGAAUGGAGAACGGCGAGACACGCGAAAACGAAAGAAAUCGAUGACAAGCUGAGCGCCUACAUCAAGCUACUUGCCCCGAAUGUUGUGGAUCGUGUCGCGCCGAAGCCAGUCCCGGGCAAAUUCUUCCGAUUCCUUCGU